AAUUAAGCAGUAUUUGUAUUUCACAUCGUGAAGCGUUCACCGCGAUCCUCGUUCACAUUAUACUUCGUAUUUUCCUCUUCGCAAAACAUUCCCCAAAUUGUUUAAUCUUCUACGCAUUCUUCCUCUUUUAGCAUCUGAAUUUUUUGAAGAUUCAGCAAACUAGUUCCAAAUUGGAGUUUUUUCUUCUUUCUUUUCAUCCCAAACAGGAUGAAGGCAGGGUUUAAUGGAUUAAAGGGUAAAGAAAUUUCUCUUAUUUCCAUUGUUUUAAUGUGUAGUACCAUUAUUUUAUGGUCAUGGGAAAGAACACCUGGUCUUUCUGCCUUUCUUCCUCCCCAAUCACCACUGCACCUGUAUACAGAUCAUUUAAUUAGCAGGUCUUCAGUGAAGGCACCACCAGAUCUACAUAAACACGUGUCUGAACAUGACUCAUCAAUGCCAGAGAAAAAGACUACUGAUGAGCUACAAGAAAAAGAUCUUGAUUUAGCAUCUCAGACAAUAUCUGCACAAAGCUCUUCUGGAAAGAGCAUGGGUGAAAGUAUUACCAAAACUACUUUGCAUACAGAACAGAUCCCGUCAAGUGUGUCCAAUGAAGAAACAAAACAUGAAAAAAUUUUGGAAGCUGGGAAAAGCCAUGGCAUACAAACUUCUUCUAACCUUACAACAUUUGAGGCUAAAAGUAAUGAAGCUAAGGGGGAGAAUAAUUCCAAACAAGAACAACCUAAAAUAGAUCUGAUCACGAACAUUCCACAAAUAAGCUCUUUACCUGUCACAAAAGAAAGCUGGAAUAAUGCUACAGAAAACAAUGCCUGUAACUAUGCAAAAGGAAAAUGGGUCCCAGACAACAAACGGCCUUUGUAUUCAGGUUUUGGUUGCAAACAGUGGCUCUCUCCGAUGUGGGCUUGCCGCAUGAUGCAACGUACCGAUUUUGCAUAUGAGCAGCUUAGAUGGCAACCAAAAGAUUGUGAAAUGGAGGAGUUUGAAGGAUCUAAAUUCUUGAGAAGGAUGCAAAAUAAAACUCUAGCUUUUGUGGGAGACUCAUUAGGCCGGCAGCAGUACCAGUCUAUGAUGUGCAUGGUAUCUGGUGGUGUAGAGAUGAAUGAUGUUGAAGAUGUGGGUAAAGAGUAUGGAUUGAUUGUAGCUGGGGGCUCUGCCCGUCCUAAUGGGUGGGCGUACCGUUUUUCAAGCACUAAUACUACCAUUUUGUACUACUGGUCGGCAAGCUUAUGUGAUGUUGAACCUAUUGAUGUAAACAACCCAAACACAGAUUAUGCAAUGCACCUUGAUCGACCCCCAGCAUUCCUGCGUCAAUUUCUACACAAGUUUGAUGUCCUGGUUCUCAACACUGGUCAUCACUGGAAUCGAGGAAAACUAAAUGCCAAUCGAUGGGUAAUGCAUGUUGGUGGAGUGCCAAAUACUGAUAGGAAGCUAGCAUUGAUUUGGGCUGCCAAGAAUCUUACAAUUCGCAGUGUUGUUAGUUGGGUGGAUUCACAGCUUCCAAAACAUCCAGGUUUGAAGGUUUUUUUCCGAACCAUUUCUCCUAGGCAUUUUUUCGGUGGGGAAUGGAACACAGGAGGCAGUUGUGACAACACUAAACCAAUGUCGGUUGGAAAAGAAAUACUGGAAGAGGAGUCCAGUGACCCAGUUGUUGCAAGUGCGGUGAAGGGAACACGGGUCAAGCUCUUGGACAUAACAGGUCCUUCUCAGCUUAGGGACGAGGGUCAUAUAUCACGGUACAGCUUAACAGCAAAGCCUGGUAUGCAGGAUUGCUUACACUGGUGUUUGCCGGGUGUUCCUGAUACAUGGAAUGAAAUACUUUUUGCUCAAAUCUAGUUUGCACAUACCCGAGUAUUUAUUUGGCCGCGAAAAGGUGAAAGCCAUUCCUUGGCUAGGAAAAAAUCACUUUUGUGGAGGAUGCAGUCAUAGGACUAAGCUAUACUAUGUCCCGAGUUCGAAUUAUAGAGCUAAUUUGGCGAGACAAUGAAAGAUAUAGCGAGCGCAGACUAGUUAUACCUCCCUGCCUUAAAAAUAUCUUUGAUUAGGCAAAAUAACUUAUUGGACAUGUAAAUUAAUUACUUUCUUUGUAUGGUCCCUUGUGCGUCCUCAGCUAAAAAGAAUGGUUGAUAGUCGAAGUUGCAGUAGAGGAUUGCUGGAAGAUUGUUACUGAAGUGAGUUCUUAGCCUUUGUUGAGGAUUAAAUCAAUAUAGGACAAGAUGCUGAUGCUCUCUCCUUUUAAUAUUUUUUUUUGGGGGGAGAGGGUUGGAACAGAAUUGUAUGUUCUUAGUUUCAAAUUUUAUUGUACGUUAUAGAGAAGCCAAAGCAUGCCCUGAUACAUGCUGUGUUGAAUAUACUGAAAUUAUCUUCUACAAUACAGUUCACAUGUGAUAAUAUUUUAA